GCUGUGCUUCCCAGCUGCAUCCCUUCAUGGCUCAUAGUUCAUUUCUUUUCGCACUCCAGCGUUCUCUUGACUUCUGCUGUGCAUGCGCUGUCACCAGCUUCCAGUACCUUUCCACCCUUCAGCCCAGAUUCAGCCUCCCUGCAGUCUGUCCGUCCAUCUUCUCAGACUUGGUUGGCCAACAUAACUAGAACAAGGCAGGAAUGUGGACCUCAGGUCUGCAUGUGGUGAAGCACCCGAGGCUGGAAUGAGGUGUCGGUUCUCUGCGGCAUGGUUUAAAUCUACACUGUGACCUUAUUUAACUUCAGGCCUGCAAAACUCAGUGAAUGAUGAGGAGAGAGAGAGAAGAAGAGGAAUAUUUUUUUUUGAAUAUAAUAUAAACACAGGAACAUAAUCGCAUGUUUUCCCAUCUGUUUGACAUUUACCCAGUGUUUUUGAGCCAUUUAACUGUAAUUGAGGCAUUACCGAGGAAAGACACACGUAUCGUUUCCUUCCAUUACAACUGUCAGUGUGUCAGUAGCAGUUAGUAGCAGCAAAGACAAAUUUUAUUUCGAGUGCAAAACAAAACCGUGAGAGACUGUGAAAAUGAGGUCACAGGAAUCCCCCUGGUGCUUCAUAGUGCAUCCUAUUACUUACUGUACCUGCAGGAUUUACUUCAAUGCAUGAUUCACUUAAAAUUCAGGUUUGAUUCACAAAACGUUAUUACAAGACCAGUAUUAGUCUCUGCUUUUAGAGCAAUGCUGCAGCACUGAUCAGAGGCUUGUUCACCUGCUGGUGCUCUGUGAGGCUUGGGACCAAUUUCUACCAUUCCUGCUCUGUAUGGGACAGAAUGGUUCCUCCUUUUAGGCAGUUUUUACUACAGCCCACUAACGUUCCACUAGCUGACAGCUCUGUUCUGCACACAGGCCUGUUUAGCAUUCUUUUGGUACGGAACCAUGUUUUUGGAAAACAUUCAAAAUGUCAUGAUAUUUUUACAUCUACAGUAUAUUACUGGACUAUAUUCAAAUUAAAUAUGGGCUGGGUUCCAUAUUUUUCACCAUUGAUUCUAAGCCAGGAAUUAUUUUGUAAUUUCUAAAUAUAAAUAGUAGAGAUUAUUCACAGUCCUGUGAGCGUUCAGUCUGACAAAGACAGAGAUGCUGAUUUAACUGAGUUUACUAUUUUCAUUACAAUAACAACUUAGAGAUUUGCUGACAGCGUCUGAUGUCUCCUUUCAUCCUCCGCCAUAGUAAUUAACCAGAGCAUCUGUUUUUGCUCGUGUUAUUUCUGGAUCAUGUUACUGCUGACUUUUCCUUUUGUGUCAUCAUAUAUCUGUCUUUUUCUGAAUAUGCCCGUGUACGUAUGUGAGAGUUCAGCAGUUUGCCAUGUGCCUGCUACUUGCUGUGUGUCUCAUAUCACCACAGUCCAUGUUUUCACCACCUUUGCUCAUCUCACUUUUUACAGUGUUUUCUUCUGGCUUCACAUUUUGUUGAUGGCUCCCGACACAUACUUUCAUGUACUGAAACAAGCGGUGGAACAAAACAGGAUGUGAAAUGUAAUCUACCGAAAGGCUUCUCUGAAUCUUCUCGGGCCAAACAAGCAACUAAGUGUGACUGCAACUGGAGUCAGAUGUGCAGCAAAUGAAGUCGCUGUUGGCAUAGAAGGGGUUAAACAUCAGACAGGAGGAGAGAGAAAGCAGGGCAGCCUACUGUAGCUCGAAGUGAAAUGCUUUCUUCUUUUGUCCCGCAUAAAUGUUAACCCAGCCUCCUUCCUUGUUUCUCUCUCACUCUGCUCUGGUCCACUCAUAUGUUUCUAUUUAAGGCCAGCAGUGCCGGCUACCAUGAUUGGUGUGCUCCCCCCCCCCCCCUCCUGACUCCGCGUCCAACGGCUGGCUCCCAGCAGCAUUCGCACUGUUGAUUUUCCACAGGGAAACUUCACCAUUCUUCUACCGAUCUGCUUCUUGUUCUUCUCCUUUUUCUCCACUGUCUUCUGCUUUGGAUCUGAAAGUUGAGCUCACGUCAUGGAUCCUCUGUAGGCACAAGAUGCUACUCCUGCAAACAUUUCACUCCCGCCGCUUCUUUUUGUUUUGACUCCAUCAAAUGCUCCUUGGUGCUUCUCCGUGGCCCCAGGGUCGGCUCAGCUAUAUGGCCAGACGUUUGGAACUAUGCAGCCAGCUUGUGAGCCUAGCUUGUGAUCGGAGUGGCGAUAGGGAGCGGGGCUUGGCCCAUGGCGGGUUACCUGGUGCACAGAGGGAUUGACAGCUCAGAGCCCAUGGUGCUGGAGCAGUACGUGGCCGUGGCCAACUACGAGAGGCAGGAGAACUCGGAGAUCAGCCUGAAGGCUGGGGAGACGGUGGACGUGAUUGAGAAGAGCGAAAGCGGUUGGUGGUUUGUCAGUACAGCGGAUCAGCAAGGCUGGGUGCCAGCCACGUACCUGGACUCCCAGAGUGGAACCAGAGACGACUUGGACCUGGGCACUUCCAGGACCGGAGAAGUCACUAAGAGGCGAAAAGCACAUCUGAAGAGGCUGGACCGCCGCUGGACCCUUGGGGGCAUUGUCAACCGCCAGCAGAGCAGAGAGGAGAAGUAUGUGACGAUACAGCCAUACACAAGCCAAGGGAAGGAUGAAGUCAGCUUUGAGAAAGGGGUCAUCGUGGAGGUCAUCCAAAAGAACCUGGAGGGCUGGUGGUACAUCAGAUAUUUAGGGAAAGAGGGCUGGGCCCCCGCCUCGUACCUGAAAAAGGUGAAGGACGAUUUCUCCCCCCGCAAGAAGACCCUGACAGGCCCUGUGGAGAUAAUAGGCAACAUCAUGGAAAUCAGCAACCUGCUGCAGAAGAAAUCUGUUAGUGAGAAGGACAUUCAAACGGAUGGGGAGGGGAGCACCACACCGGAGCGUCACAUCUCCAAGAGCGAGAUCAGCCUGCCUAUGCCCUACAGCUCCGAAAUCAACGCCGAGACGGGAAGGAGGCUGAGUGCCGGUCGUGACACCAACAGCCCUUGUCUGGGAAUAGCAGCAAGCUCCGCCCUCCAUGAAAAAGGGAGAAGCGACCCCGGGCCCCCGGCUGUCGCAAGAGUGGCUCCACAUCGGGUGGAAAUCGGGUCUCCAAAUCUGAGACAAAAACCUCCCCCAAGAAGAGAGACUAACUUGGGGUUCCAGUUGCCUAAGCCGCCAGAACCCCCUGCUGUGGAAGCAGAGUAUUACACUAUAGCUGAUUUCCAGUCCUCGAUUUCUGAUGGCAUCAGCUUCCGUGGAGGACAAAAGGCUGAUGUUAUAGAGAAGAACCCUGGAGGCUGGUGGUAUGUGCAGAUUGGAGAAAUGGAGGGCUGGGCCCCCUGCUCUUACAUCGACAAACGUAAGAAACCCAACCUCAACCGCCGGACCAGCACUCUGACUCGGCCCAAAGUCCCACCACCUGCCCCACCGGUCAAAAAAUCAGACCCUGAGGAGACUCUGCCUACUCCUGCUAACUCCGCCUCCAAAAUUUCAGAACCACAGAACAGGCCUGCAUAUGAGGAACCUGAAUAUGAUGUUCCAGCAGUUGGAUGUGAAGGCGAGUGCGACACAGAUCCUCUGAAGAAUGAGCACUCUCUGGACACAACAAUCAGCAGCGUGGUCAGCGACAAGUACCACAGUUCCCCUUCUUCUUGCAAAGCCUCUCUUCCUGUCUGUAAAGCCUCCCCUGUAUUUACUCACCGAAGGACCCCCUUGAGAAAUGUGGAGGAUGAUGCUAAAGAGGAGUGUAUCUAUGAGAAUGAUGGCUCAAGGCCAGGCAGCGGGGUCGAGGGAACCCUAAACAAAGGUGCCAGACGGUCCAACUCCCCAAGAAGCUAUCACUCCUCUACAGUUCCACGAAAACCUUCUGGAUCCUCACCUUUGCCUGGUAGGCCCAUGAAGACGAUGACGCCAGAGAUCCAUCGGAGAAGUCAGACUCUUGGCAGACAUAUAGAUAUCAGCCUGAGGUCUCAGGACAAUAGUCCCCAUUCUUCAUCAGAUGAACUGAGUAGAGGUCCCAAGAAAGGCCCUGCCUUUACCAGGGAUGUGGAGCACAGACUAAGUCAAAGCCCUUCCACAAGACUCAAGCCUUCUGUAAGACCUAAACCACUCUUGACCAAGUCAGAGCCCCAAAGUCCGGAGAGGAUGGACAUCAGUACCUUAAGGCGGCAGCUGAGGCCUACAAGCCAGUUUCGACACGGCCUUAAACCUUCUCGAGGGGACGAUUCCGAAACGGCCUCUGUCAUCUCUUCGGAGGACUCGAUGUGUUCACGCAGCACCUCAGAUCUCUCCUCUGUUUACUCCAAAGGCAGCCGUGGUGACUCAGAUGUGGAAGGCCCUACUUUCUACCGCUCAGUUGACGCCUACAAGAAGGUUCAAGAUUCUGAGAUUAGCUUCCCAGCAGGGGUGGAGGUUGAGGUUCUGGAGAAGCAGGAGAGUGGUUGGUGGUACAUCCGUUGGGGCUCGGAGGAGGGCUGGGCUCCCUCGUACUACCUGGAACCUGUCAGACAAGUGGGGAAUGCUGGUGGGUUGGAACCAGAUGGACAUGGGAGUGGUGGGAGUAAGUCAAACAGCCUAGAGAAGAAUGAGCAGCGAGUUUUGGCCCUCAAUAAUAUAAAUAUUCAGGGUCUCCCCCAGCAGCAUCGAGGCCUGAGGAGGGACACCCCACCGAUUCCUUCCAAGCCUCCCGGUGGUUUCUCUAAACCAUCUGGGAUAGUCAACGGAGGUGUAAGAAUGAGGAAUGGGGUCCGCCAGGUAACAGUGAGGCCUCAGUCUGUAUUUGUGACCACAACUCAGCCAGCUAAGGAUGCCCACUACGUGACAGGGUCUCUCCGGCGAAAUGAGUCACUUGGCAAAAGCGAUUACUAUGGUUCUGGUUCUGCCACUUUGGGUGUGCGACGAAAUGCCUCUUUUAGCACCGUGAGGCCUCAUGUGGUGGUGGAAAGUCAAACGAGGCCUGUCGAGCGUUCCAGCCUGGGGUCAUCAGGCACCGCGUUCAGCACAGGCAACGUCCAGGAUGCCCUCAGCAGGGUCAGUCAGCGCAACGGCAUCCCUGUGUCAACAGUCCGCCCCAAGCCCAUAGAGAAGAACCAAAUGAUCCACAAUAACCUUGGCAGGGAUGUGUAUGUGUCCAUUGCUGACUAUCGUGGUGACGAAGAAACUAUGGGUUUCACUGAGGGCACUUGUCUGGAAGUACUGGAGAGAAAUCCUAAUGGAUGGUGGUACUGCCAGGUGCAGGACAGCCUGCUCCCGCGUAAGGGCUGGGUCCCCUCCAACUACCUAGAGCGCAAAAAGUAAAACCAAGCCCACAUCCCUUCUAAGUAUGGACCCCACGUCCCCCUUUGAUGCCUCCAAGGACGUAGGCGGCAUCGUUUUUUUUUAAGAAUGUCACCUGCAACCACCCCCCUCCCCCAUAAGCAAUAUGUCAAUGAAAAUUUACAUUUGAAAGAACACACUGACAUGUGACAAGGAAGGACACGUACAGUGUUGGUUUAAAAAAAAAAAAAGGAUUUGAAAUAGUUUGGCUUGGAGUGAGAGAAACACACGAUUGUUCAUGUCAGAUUGUAAGGACAAUGUCUUUAAAACACAAAAUGGAUAAGAAUGAUGACCGCAUAAAGAUGUUGACAUCCUUCAAUACAGCAGUUACGCAGGAAAGUGGCUACUCCGAUUGCUGCCCAUCACUGACUAUGAUGGCUGUUAAGUGCCUUGUGUCUUUGAUCCCCUGGCUGGAGAUCCUAAACGGUGGAAGGCAAAGCAUUAACUCAACCAAAACUUUUAACAGUGCCAUAGGCUUAUGUACACCACAAGAGUAUUUAACAUGCACUUACAUAGAACAAUUGAAUAGCUCCACUACGGUGCCAUUAGGAUCCGGACUGCUCUAAUUGGUCUAAUGUAUAGAUUAAGCAGAGCAGGUUGGAGAUAUGAGGCACCUACGGUUUCAGAAAUGUAUUUGUUUUAAGCUACGUAAAACGACAUUUAGACCCAGAAACAUCUUUUUCUUUCGUUCAUUUGUCCUGUCAUUUCUUGUGUUGAUACAAGUCUUCCUUAGAGAAUUAUUUCUGCUUUCUUGUGACAUCUGUUUUCCACCACUAGCCUGUGAUCCGGAAAGCUUAGGGUCUGAAGGGAUGAGGGCAAAAAUGGCCAACAACAUGUGCCUCUUUAAUCCCAGGGUUUACGAUCUGGGAAAAUGAAAGUAUAAAAAAUACCUGUGAAACUUGAAAACUUGAGUUGGAUAUUGUCCUUUUCUGGAGAGAUAAAGGAAGAACUUGUAACUUAAGUGCUCUUCAGAACAAAACCACCUCAUAUAACCUCAAAUAAUGGAAACAAUUAGUUUACAAACAUUUGCACUGUGGUGUUUUUAGCCCCAGGAGCAUUUCUUUAAUCAUGUUAUAAUGCAGCUGUCACACAGCGAUAAUGAACAAGUACUGGAAGCGCAGUGAGACGGUUGAGUCCCAGGGGCCUGUCUGCUAAGCAUCGGGCCCAAAAUGUGAUUGAACCAAAGAGAAAUAUUUCAUUGGCUGCAUUUCAGAUUAUUUGUAUUUCUUUACAGUACAGAAAACACAAAUGCCUAAAACGAGGUUGCUAAACCGAAAAAAAUGACACAUACCUGGAAGCACUUGACAAAUUUUUGAUACAUAUCGAUUCAGUGAAAUGCGGAACAGCCGUACAAAUUGUAAUUUCAGAUAUUGCUGUGCAGUAUUGUGUUUUAGAGUAGUUUAUUGUUUUAUUAAUAAUAUAGCUGGGGUUCAAAGAAUAUCACGUCAAAAAUAGCAGUGAUCACGUGAAGCAUGGAGUUAGAAAACAAUUAUUUCCUAGUGUGGGACUUAAAUCUGGUAUUCAGAGCUUAAAUCCAAAUUCAAAUGGCUGAUGAUGUUCAAGACUGCUGAAAUACAUUUUCUAACGAACGGGUCGAGCUCUCUUGCUCUUCAUUAUGUUUCUGCUGGACAGUAUCAUAGUAUAUUAACUAAAUGCAGUACCUGCUAGAUUGCAGUUGUCUAUUUUAGCAAAGCCAUGUGUGUUUUUCUUAUUUGUCAGUUUACUCUGUGAUCACACAAGCGCCAAUAACGAGGAACGAAGUGGUUCUGUUUUGAGAGAUGGUGCACCUUGAAACAAAUGUUACGGUGCAUUAAUAUAAAGAUGCAGUAAACACUCAGCAUAUUAUUUAUUGAAUAGAUUUUUGAAUUAUUUAACGUAUCUGUAUACUGUAGUAGUUUUCCCACCUUGAGUGAGCAGUGAGUUCACGCCAAAGUGAUAUAGAGAAACAGCGAUCUCUAGUGACGGCUUGAAGGUACUACAACGCUAUUUUGCCACCUUACCUCAGUGCAAUAAGCAAUGCGCUGCUGGUCAGUGAGUCUCCCCACAACUGUACAGAAAUAUAAUUAUAUAUAUUUUUUGUUUAUCUGGGUGCAGCUAAAAAUAUUAUAAUAUUCCUAAUUAUAUUUUGUAUUUGGCCAUAAUGUAAUUAAUUUUUUUUUAAUUUUAAGAAAAUUAAAUUUUCUAUGCUUUGUGCUGCAACUUUAGCAAAUCACAGACACUUCUUUCAUCUUUAUUGUGCUUUACAUAAUGCCUGAUUGUAAGUAUUUAUUUUAAAAUCCUAUUCCCCAAAUCAAAAUAUGUCUUUGUUUUCAAAAUAAUGUUCUGUAGAAUAUCUUGCAGUCCAUUAAAAAAAAAAUCAACUCAUAAAAAGCAUCAUAUUACAUUAGGGUGUUGAUGUUUGCUUUGCAGGACCCUUCCCACCCAGACGAAGGCAUUAUGUAAAUGUGUUGAAUCACCCUAUAUAUUAUUGUAUAUCGCUUUGUUUGACUGAGAUGACUUUACUUGCAGAGGAACAGCUGUGUGUGAAGCAUAAACCAAGCAGCCACAGCAUCGACACAACCCUGUGGUGUCGAUGCUGUGUCUAACUGGUGUUUAAGUUAGUUGUGUAGCAUCAAUCUGUAUUUGGGCUUUAACUUGUUUUUGGUUCAUAUUUCGUCUAAUUGACUGAUACAGCACGUAUCUGUGAGGAAAUGUGCAAUAGGUAGAAAUGCAUCAUAUUUCAACAAUAGGAUAAAUGUCACGGACGUAGAGAAACAUGAGUGAUGCCAUUACAUGGAUGUUUCCAGUCAAACUGCCAACUUGGAGCUUUCGUCAACACGUCUGUUUGCGUGCCUCUCCGAAGGCAACUCAUGGGACCAAAGCAGUUUGUGGCAACUCGUUAUCUCCUGUUGUGAUGGACUAACAUGAGAUUGUCGGGUCAGGAGGGGACAAGGCAGGACCUCGCAGCCAUCUGGGGCCUCCUUGGGGCCCUGUCGUCAGGGGAACCUCCUCUGAGCCGUCACAUUUGUGCCUGAAUGGAAUUCUGCUCAUUAUUUCUGGUUGUGUUGCUUUCUUUCUUCUUGGAGUCGUCUACUGUCCCUCUGCCUACACUGAUGCCUCUUUCAACAUUUACUCCACCACUGUCGACCCCCCGUCGGACUUUCUUCAACAAACAAACACCGCGGCGUGAGCGGUGGCGAGAUGAACGUUUCAGGUCGUUUCACUUCGAAUCCAUCAACUUCCAGGCCGAGCUGUCCCUGACGUGGGCCUCACGAAGGCCGUAUCAGUGUGCAGAAGUGAACAUGUCAGUGUGCUAAAGGGUUCCUGUGGGUGCAGGCCAAUUUACAGACUCCUUUAUUUAUGGGGCUUGUGUCGCUAAGACCUCUUGUUUGGACACUUUAAGAACUAGUUUGGUGUUUUGGUAAAUGCUUUCCUGCCCAGGGUCACGUGAAAGCAGCGACUCCGCUCACUCGUCUCUUUUAGCUGUGCUGUACCUUUGGCCUGUCUCUGCCGCACCAACAGAUGAGGAGGAGUCAUUCAUUUCCCACAUAUUCCUGGAGGUUAGUCAGGUGAGACAGCCCUGCGACGUCCGUGCCCUGUUUUAUUUCUCACUCUUUUUUUAUUUGAACAAAUGCAACGGCGCUUCUCAGGCGUGAGGCACCUUAAGCUCUGUGAUUUCAGACAGCGGCUGCUGUCAUAACGUGUUCUUCCUCUUCGCCUUCCGCCCUGCCCCGUUCCUUGACACAGCCGAGCAGCGUGUUCCCGGUGAAAUCAAGACGUGUGCACGUGGGAGGGUUUGUGACGUUUGUGUACACGGUGCACAAUGAGGUGGAUUGUCUGCAGGUGUGGAGAUCGGUUUGAGGAGAGAAGCGAGGGCCAGGAUGAAAUUGCAAGGAGGGAGGAGAUGGAUCAGAUGGUGGAUUGUGGGAGACGAGGUGCGAUUGAAGCGAGGGAGAGGACUAAGUGUACCAAACUCCCCCACCCACCUGCAAACCUUCAACCUAAUGAGUUCUCAGCUUCCUAAGCUGAGCUGUGAAAUCCCAUUUCUCGAAAAACAACGCUCUAAUUGCAUCACUUGAAGCUAUUGAGGCUUCGCAGCGAAACUGUGAGUUAGCGUGAGAGACAAAUGAGUUCACAGUAGUGCUCUCUGUUCAUAGGAUGAGAGCCGCAGAACUGAUCUUAGAGUGUGUCUGGUGUGGACUUCAUUUACUGUCAUGUAACAUGCCUGUGUCACAGGCAACCUGGUGUUGGAGAGGGUUUCUUUCAACUGAAAGGUUAGAGUUGAGCUUCAGACCCUAAAAGUACCCAAUUCAAGAAUGGGGGGAUUGCUAUUUAAAAAAGGUGGAUGUUGGUGAGAGGAGGAGCAGGUUUGAUAGGAAGGUUUCAGUAGGUCUCUGGGAGCAGGUGAGAAAGUUUUAGCGACUGUUUAAUAUGUUGUAUACAUUUUUUGUUUGAGUUUGGAAAAAAGAGAGAAGAGAAAUGUAAGCUGUGAGGUAAAACUAAAUAAAGAAAAAGUCAGAGGCCUGUGAGAGAAGGUGCUGAUUGUUUAUGUCAUUCUCAACCACCUCCUCGGCGGCAUCAGCGGGAGCCGUCUGGGCCCCGGAGGAGGGGGCUGUGUCGAGGAACGAGGCUCGCUGCUGCAUCCAUGCUUGAAUCUUCCUUUGUAAUUAGCACAAUGUGUCCCAAUCAGCCUCAGCCGCUGCAGUGUUCCAUCACCAGGCCUGCGUGGGAGCCCACUGGCGCCGGCGGCGUGUGCUGUCACAGCCGACUGAUGUUGACUGACAGCUGAGGUGGAUUCGCUGCGAAGGUGGAGCCUGUUUUUAGCCUGCACGUUGCGCUUCGUCAGCGCCCUGCUGCGGAGAGCAACGUGCAAGAAAGAGCGCACGGACCCGAAGCAACGGGCUUUGAGUUGGACCCGCGGAGCUCCUAACGCGACCAUUCUGGACUUCUACUGGCGAUGCUGACUCAGCGCUUUUUUCCAACAUGUGCCAUGAUAAGAAUCAAUGAGGCUUCGUUCAACUUUAACCCGUGUCAAAACCACGUUUCCACUGCAGUUCCUACACAGUGACUUCAUCACUACUCUGCACCCUGAUGCACUAACGGAACCAAACAACUCUGAUGGGAGACGUUUGUGCACAUGUGCAUUCCUUUUAAGAACACAGCAUUUUUCUUAUCUUCCGUUUUGUUCCUUUUUUUGUAUCUUGUACAUGUUUACAUUGUAUCUCGCAUUGCCCCAAAAGAUAAACAAUAUUAAAUGUAUUAUCUUUGUUGUUUUGGA